CUCAUUCUCCAAAGGAUCUUGAUGCAUGAAGCUGGGAUGAAUUCUUGUUGUUUCCCUAUUUACCGCUUCGUAACGAUGUCCCAUGCUCUGACGUUCGUAGUUGAAGAGCGCGAUAUUGUGCUCUCUAAACUGCUGCUAAGACGUAUUGCCGGUUGUUUCUUGAGCCUCUCAAAGCACACGAGGGCACAGGAGGUGCUACAUAAUACUCUUCCUAUGAGACUAGAAGAUGCCUGUAUAGCCAAAAUUCUUGAAGCAGAGCCACUAGCCAGGGAUUUAUUGAGAGAGGCAGCUGACAAUCUCACCGGUGGUGGACGUGGACAUCACCGUGUGGAACCGCGAUUUGGGCCGAUAGCUAGACCACCCGGACCGAGGGUGAACUGAGUGACUAUGCGCCACCAGCUGAGCAAAUGUCCGCAGAGUGAGUUUCUGUUCAUGCAUCCUCGAGGUUUCACCUAUAGAAGUUGGCAAUGGGAAAGCAGGCUGGACAGUUAAUUGGCCUGUGUUUACUUUGGCUCUAUGAACCCUUGGCCAGUGACAGUGGCAUACCAUACAUUUGCCUUGCAUUUGAUCUGUUGUUGUAAAACAGUUUGGGUUUGCAUUACUGUACUUUUGGAGUUCCUUCAA